AUGAAGUCACAAGCUAUUAGAGAAUGUAUGUGUUUUCUACAUACAGAGACAACCAAGGCUCUGUUGAAGAAAGGUCCCAUGCCAACACCAUUCGAUAUCGAUGUUCGUUAUUUGCGUAUGGAAAUAGAGGGCUUGCUUGGUAAGAUUGUCCCAGCAGUGGUUUCGUAUUUGAAAGGACUGCGUAAUUUGAGAACUUUGCACAUAAAGGCUAAUAUUUUCCCCGUCGACUCUGAAACAGAAGUUAAGAAGGUUAACAAAAUGAGGCUCGCUGAGUACAUUGAAGCAAUGAGUGGUGUGAAGGUUAGUUUAGAUGCAAUGUUUGAUGUGCAGACAAAGCGAAUACGCGAGUACAAAAAAGGCAGCUGCUUAAUAUACUUGGCAUUAUCCAUCGAUAUGACUGUAUCGAGAAAGAAUUACCUUAUACCUUCUAAAGGGAGUCAUCACCAUCCUCCAGCACUGUGCACACCUAGUUCAUCUUCUUGUCACGGUGAUUUAAGAAGUUGGACAAGGACGGAACUUGCAAUCGUAGUCACUGCUUCGUCCUCCGGGUUCGGCAUCGGAAAAAGACCCAACCCACCUAGGCGCCCGCCCAGCAGCCUAGCUCCGGCCUUGCUACUGCCUAGCGACCUCCUAGCCGCCUAG